AUGGCGGCAUACGCGGGUCCCAGCUCCUCAAGAUCGCCAGCGCUAGGGAUCAAUGGUCACGCGUAUGCGAGUGCAUCCUCCGCGACCCGAGCAACGAAUGGUCUGGCCGCACCUGGCCAGUCCAUGGACACCCACGACCCUACUCCAACGGGUCCAUCUGAACCACGAUUACAGGUUCCAGGCGCAUCUCGACCCGUCACUACAGCAGCUACACUGAUGAGGGAAGGCACGCGAGAUUUCACUGUGAUUAGAGACGUGGGAGAUGGGUCCUUUGGAACUGUGUGUCUGGCGGAUUGGCACUCGCCCUUGCCGUCAGGUACUCUGCUCAGUCCGAUGCAACACCCAACCACAAGACCGGAGUACGUCGGGAAAAGACUCGUCGCUAUAAAGAAGAUGAAGAAGCAGUUCAAGAGUUGGGAAGAGUGCAUGACGCUGAAAGAGCUAAAGUCUCUGCUUGAGAUCACGGCUCACCCCAACAUCAUCCCACUAUACGACGCUUUUCUGAUGCCGGUAACCAAGGAGUUACACUUCGUGUUCGAGUGCAUGGAGGGUAAUCUGUACCAGCUGAUCAAAUCGCGCAAAGGACGUCCCUUGGCUGGAGGUUUGCUGGCGUCAAUCUUUCAACAAAUCAUUCGAGGGCUGCAUCACAUUCAUGAAAGCGGCUACUUCCAUCGCGAUAUGAAGCCAGAGAAUCUCCUUAUCACGACUACCGGUCUCACCGACUAUCCGUCAGUCAACGUGUUGGAUCCUGUCCUCUCGAAGACUCCACAACAGCCGGACAAGGAUGUUGUGGUGAUCGUGAAGCUGGCAGAUUUUGGUCUUGCACGAGAGACAGCGAGCAAGCCGCCAUACACGGAAUACGUCUCGACGCGAUGGUACCGGGCACCCGAAGUGCUGCUGCGCUCCCGCGACUAUUCCAACCCAGUCGACAUGUGGGCUUUGGGUACAAUCCUUUCGGAACUGAUCACUCUGAAGCCACUCUUUCCGGGGCAAAGUGAAGUGGACCAGGUGAUGCAGAUCAACCAUGUUUUGGGUGAUCCUUCGGCGGAGUAUGGCAAGGACAGCCGUGGGCGCGUGCGCGGUGGUGGCCAUUGGCCUGGGGGAAUAGAGAUGGCGCGGCAGGUCGGCUUCACUUUUCCAAAGGCAAAACCUUUUAAUUUCGCUGCUCUCUUCAAGUCGAAUGUGCCCCUGCUGCUCAUCGAAUGCGUGCAGGACUUGAUCAGAUACGACCCCGACGCCCGCUUGACUACACUUCAGUGCAUGCAGCAUCCUUACUACACGCAAGUCGCGCCUCGUCUGCUACCUCCUCAAGCUCGAGCUCCUGCACCACAGCCGACGCCAUCGCAGAGAGUGCCGCAAGCGCAUCCCCCACCGAUUCCGGCAGAUCGCAUGGCUGUUGACCCUGCAUCUCCACAGCGCGCCCUUCCGCCCUCUCACUCCAACCAGCCGCAAUCCAGCAAGCUAGCGUUUGGAGCAAAAUCUGGCGCACCAGAGUUGCCUAGCAAAGCGCAGGCAGCUAGAGGAAUGCCCGGUGCGCCGUCUGCGGAGCAUCGCGUGCCCUUCUAUCCUCAGGCGCAGCAUACAAUGCAAGAAAUGAUAGCUGAGGCUCGCUUAGGACCCGUCAGCCAGACAGCGACUUCGCCUUACUCAGAACAGGGACCUGGAGAUAUGACUCAGUGGGCGCCAGUGGCUGGCCCGUCGGUUCGCGACUCGUCCAUGUCGCAAUAUCCCGCUUUUCCGGAGUCUGCAUCGAUCUAUUCGGGAAGUCACGCCUCGAUGCAUUUGGACGACUCGCUAUCGCGACAGCGCAUGCAUGCGCCUCCUAUCGAGCUCGGUGGUCGCGGACCGCAACAAGCGCGGGGGAUGGUUGCAUCUAGCAGUCAGAGAACGGUCUAUGACGACUCUUUAUCGCUUUCGUUGGAGCAAGAAGAUCGUCGAAGGCAGGCCGCGGCUGCGGCUGCAGCUGGAAUCAGUGGGAACGAACCCAUGUCUCAGGACAUGACUGGUACCGCAGAGUAUUCUGGCGAGAGGCGAAGAAGUAAAGGCUGGAGCGGCAUGAGCGUAUUUGGAAGGUCGUCGCAGACGCCGGCCCAGACGCAAGCAGCGGGUGCCCCCCGCCAAGCUCAGGCACAUGGUGCACCGAUCGCGCUUGAUUCAGGCUCCAAUUCCAACAUCAACGAGCCAACAGCAGCACAGCGGAUCGCGGCUGAACAUGCGACGCCCAAGGAUGCCAAGAAAGCAAAGAAAGAGGCGGAAAAGGCUGCCCGAGAGGCCGAAAAGGCGAAACGUCUGGCGCAAGAGAAGGCAGCUCGUGAUCGCGCACGAGCCGUCAUGCAGAAGCGUAACCAAAUUUUAGCCUCUAGCAACAGCCGCGAGCAGGUAGAGUGGCUGGGUGAUGCCGUGACGCAAUCCAUGUCACCUAGCGACAAAGCGCGAGGCAAACAACCGAUGGGGGUGUCAGGAAUCACUUCCCCGACUUCCGGCGGACCGAGAGUCUCGGGUUCGGACUACAGUGGUGGACCUUCACCAAUGAGCUCAAACUUCACGAACAACUAUGGCACCCCGCCAACCUCCAUGUAUCAGAACAGCUCGAUGAGCGCUGCUUGGCAGGCCAGGGAUGGCGAUGCUUCUUUCCGAGCCAAAGCCAGGCGCAGAGAUGCGGACGACGAUCACUCUAUGAGCUCUUUGGAUGGUGUGAUGUCGGAUCCACGCCGGGGGUCCAUGGCGACAUUUACCUCGCAGCGAAGUGAUCCUCUGUCGCAGCGACCCCAUCAUCCCGGAUCUGGACACCUUCACCGACAAGGAUCAGCCAUCUCAGUGGGAAGCGCACCAAGCCUCAUCGAUCAUCAGCCUGGCCGCUUCAUGACAUCACUUGAGUCGGCCAGACAGGCCGGGGACAAUCGUUCUCUGAGCUCGUUGGAGAACCAAUUCGCUGGCGCAAACUUGGCUGAGAUGCGCGCCAGAACACCAGGAAGUGCCUCGCCGGGACCGAAUAACAUUGGAGCCACUCGGCGAUCUGUAAGCCGCGGCAGCGCACGUGGCUCCCUGCAUAGAGCUGGAUCCGCUUCUCCUCUACAUCACACUGCUGCUCCCCGCUUCCAUCCGUAUGGGCUGACAGGAGGCACCACGUCUCCCUACAAUUUUUCUGCUCCGCCAUUGCCUCCAAUAGCUGCUGGAAGCGGCAACAACGACUACAUCAGUUCUGGUGGAAGCGGCAGUGGCAGUACCCAUCCAGCCACACCUGGAAGGCCGAGGAGCGGUAUGAGGCGGCGGUCGUCGAACAAUUUGCCAAGGGGAAUGUCGCGUGGAAGCGCAGGAUCGAGUCAUGGAGGUGUAGAGUUUCCGCCCUUCAACGUCGCUUCGGUUCAGCCUCAGAUGACGAUGCAGACCGGCGCGGGCGGUGUCAAUCCGAUGUUUCAAGUGGGCGCCAAGGGAGCCGGAGCGGCGUCACAGCAACAUCAGCAGCUGCCUCCCUUCUCAGAACUGGCUGCUGCAGCCGAUACACCGGAUGAGUUCGACUCCUUCAAUCGUAGCAUGAUCGGCAGGGGAUUGCAACCGCAGCAGCAAGCUCCACAUCAGCAUCACCAUUCGUCGAGACAGUAG